AUGAGACUGGCCGCGUACUCUGGGGCCUCCGUGGCCUUGGCCACCGGUGUGUUCUUGAAAGCGCUACACCAGAGAGCGAACUUUUACUCAGCUUGUGUAUAUCUAUCGCAGAGUAGUGCGAAUCUUAUGAUCCUAACGAAUCUAUGUCUCCUUGCAACCGGUUUCAUCCUUUUCUGGCUGCAGCGACUCCUAUACGGACCUCUUCGGCCUAUUGAAACAGAACAACUCUAUGAGCGGGCAUGGUUUGCAGUAACGGAGACAUGUCUCGCCAUGACCAUCUUCCGGGGCGAGCUCGGCGGUUGGUUUCUGGUCAUGUUCGUCCUGCUUCUGGUUGGGAAAGUCUGGGGAUGGAUUGGCGAAGGACGUGUGGAAUACCUCGAACAGCAACCCCCGGCAAAUCCACGACUCUUCCAUAUCCGAUUGGCACUUUCGCUGGUGUUGUCAGUCCUCUUCAAUGCGUUGAUGCUCCGUUACUGUGUCAACGUCGUCAUUGAGGAGGCGCGAGCAGAUAUGAUGAUCAUGUUCGGCUUUGAAUUCGCAAUCUUGACCAUUCUAUCAACUUCGACCACCCUUCGAUACAGCAUCGCCUUGACGGAGAUCUAUAUCACCCACAAGCAAGUCAAGGUGAAGAUGGAGGAACGCCGGGCCGAGAUUCGAGCCGCUCGUGUCGAAGCUAUCCGGGAACACGCCCGCGCAGGGGCAAGCUCCCCUCCAACCGAUCUGCCCGAUGAGAACGACGUCAACGAGUUAGAGAUUGAUGUUCCAGGGUGGGAGGAGAAGGGUCGGUGGGUCUUCUACCUUGACCUGCUUACAGACUUCCUUAAGCUCGCCGUUUACUUGGUUUUCUUUGCCAUUCUCCUGCGCUUCUUUGGUUUGCCAAUUCACAUCCUACGCGAUGUUGUUGUUACCAUGCGAUCUUUCGCCCGUCGUAUUAUGGACUUCCUCCGGUAUCGGAACGCGACCCGAGACAUGAAUGAACGAUACCCUGAUGCCACUGCCGAGGAGGUUGCACGCGAAGAUGUCUGCAUUAUCUGUCGAGAGGAAAUGACUUCAACUCAACCCGCUGCUGCUGCCGAAGGAGAGGCUGCUCCACGGCCAGCAGCGGCCGCACAGCGUGUUCCUGACCGCCUGCGUCCGAAGAAGCUCCCUUGUGGGCAUAUCCUUCACUUCGCAUGCCUGCGAAGCUGGCUUGAAAGACAACAGAAUUGCCCGACUUGUCGACGCCCUGUGGUUGCACCUCAACGCCUUCAAGGAGCCGCUGCCAAUAUCAACAAUCAACCCGGAAAUGUUGGAGGCGCCGCUCAACCCAAUGGCGUUGGUGGGAAUCAAAUGCCUGGCCAGCCUGGUGCUCAAGGAGAGCAGCCCAGAGCUCGAGUAUAUCAAUUUGGUCCAUUCCGAAUUGGCUUUGGCGCCGUUCGUGGUGAGCUAUUCCACAAUCUUCACCAGCAGAUUCACCAAGGCAAUGCCCCAUUGCAACCCCCCGCCAAUGCGAACCCAGCUGGUGCGCGACAAAUCGGCUUUGGGCUUGGGUUCGGUCACCGUCCGGCAGCUCCAACUCCCAUCCAACAUGUGCCAAACGCCACGGGCUCCGGCUCCGGGUCCGCAAACAUUCGCGCCCAAUUGCAGCAAAUAGAGCAGCAAAUUGCGCAAGAAAUUAGCUCUCUACGCGCUGCAGCAGAGCAGUUGCGCCAUGUGACCCAACUUCAGAUGGAGCUGGAUCGGCUUCGAUUGCAAGCCAAUCCUCAAGCCCAAACAGCGACGUCUCCGACACCCACGACAAGUCUGCCAACCGGCACCUCAACCAUUACAUCGCGUCGCCAGUUUUUCUCUAACCCAGGCGCCACACCUCUACCUGCUGGAGACUCCCGUCUUCCUGAAGGACUUACCCUUCCACCCGGUUGGACCCUUCUUCCACUUCAUUCCGCGGAGCCAGGUACCAGAAGCGUAGCACAGGGUGUCACCCCAACCCCCACCGUACCUGUCCCGCUGCAAUCCACUUCAUUAGAUGGCGCAGUCACCAGUCAAGGUGAUGAAGCCCCGGCUCAAGAGACUGCCACCGCCGAGACCAGUGCACCAAUUUCCGCACCGGCCGACACAGGCAACGCCAUCCCAAACUGGUCCGUGCCUAGCGCUCCCUCGUCGACUGAGCAUAGAGCAGACUCCCCCUCCCAGGAGUGGACAGACGUACAACCCGAGCAAGUCCCAGAGGCCGGUCCCUCUGUGAUCCCUCCUGCCUGGGGCAGCAGCGACCAGACCAGCAAAGAAGAUGCUGAGGUUGAUCCUGCACUUGCUGAAUCCCCAUCCAAGGGCAAGAGUCGGGCCGCCACUGUGGAAGAGGCUGCCGACGAAGAAGCAUCUUGA